AUGACUUCUAUACGACCACAAGCUACUGUUGUCUCUGUUGAUGACAUGGGACUCACAUCAGUCCUCUCUGGACAUCACGAAAAAAUCAUUGUCAAUCAUACAGUCGACCAUGAUGAAGCGGUUAUUCUAGCCUUGGGUUACAAGCAAGAGUUCAAGAGAGAGUUUUCAUUGCUGACUACCUUUGGUGUCUCAUUCUCGGUGUUGGGUCUUCUCCCCUCUAUUGCCUCGACUCUAUGGUACUCUUUGGCAUAUGCCGGCAAUGCAGGAAUCACCUGGGGGUAUUUGAUUGGUAUGACUGGUGUUUUAGGGGUUGCUUGCUCAAUGGCUGAAAUCUCCUCGGCCUUCCCAACUUCCGGUGGUUUAUACUAUGCUACGGCCAUGCUAGCACCUCCCAAAUAUAAGGCAUUAUUAUCAUGGAUUGUUGGUUGGUCUAACUAUUUUGUCCAAAUUACAGGUGCUCCCUCUGUUGCGUAUGGUGGCUCGUCGAUGAUUCUCGCAUUGAAGCAAAUCAUUGAUCCCGAUUACGAAAUCCAGGAUUGGCAAAAUUACCUAUUAACAGUUGCCCUGACCUUUGUUGCAGCUAUAGUGGCAUCUUUACCUACUAAAUGGAUUGCAUGGAUUAAUUCUUGCUCUACUGUCCUCAACCUUGUCUUUUUAUUUAUCUCCUUCGUGGUCAUUUUAGGUGGUAACAACAGGAAGGCACAGGGUUUGCCAAAGUUCAAUACAGAUAAGAUUGCUUGGAAAUUGGAUAAUUUGACAGAUUGGCCAGAUGGUAUUUGUAUAUUAUUGUCCUUCAUGGCUGUUAUCUGGACAAUGUCCGGGUUUGAUUCGCCUUUCCAUCUAGCAGAAGAAUGUUCAAAUGCUCAAGUGGCUACUCCUAGGGCAAUCGUCUUGACUGCCGUCGUUGGGGGACUACUAGGAUUUGUAUUUCAAUUGGCAAUGGCAUAUACGAUUGUGGAUGUUGAGGCUGCAGUCAAUGAUGAUUUGGGACAGCCUUAUAUCGCCUUUCUAAAUCAAGUCUUGGACAGACCGUCGGUAAUGUGUCUAGCUUCAUUUGCAAUUAUUCUCGCAUUUUCAAUGACAUUUUCUUGCAUGAUUGCCGCUUCCCGUGUCCUUUUCUCUUAUUCAAGAGACAACUGUUUCCCAUUGUCCAAGUAUUGGGCUCGGGUGUCGCCUUUGACUCAAACCCCCGUCAAUGCAGUUUGGAUGAAUUGGUUCAUUGGUGUCCUUUUAUUGACGUUGAUGUUUGGUGGUGUUGCAAUUGAUGCGAUUUUCUCCGUGGGUGCUAUUGGUUCUUUUAUUUCAUUCACAGUGCCAACGUUGUUAAGAAUCACGUAUGCCAGAAACACCUUCAAGCCGGGGCCUUGGAAUUUGGGUAAGUGGAGUUACGCCUCAGGUUGGCUUGCAGUGUCUUACACCACUUUGAUGAUUCCUAUUCUAUGUUUCCCUCAAUAUAGAGGAUCAAACAAUACUCCACAACUAAUGAACUGGACGGUUUUGGUUUAUUGGGGUUCAAUGUUCCUUGCAAUCGCCUGGUACUUUAUAUAUGCUCAUAAGAUUUACCAUGGUCCAAAGAGCAAUUUGGGCGAUGCGAUUGUCGACGAAGUAGAUGAAAGUAACGUCAUUGAUGCUAUUGUCUCCAAAGGUGGAGAAGUUAGAUACGCUAGUGAAGAAGUCUCCAAUGAGAAAAGUGAAAAUGUAUAA